AUGGAGAAUCUAAAAAUAGGGCUCAACCCCAUGGGCAGCCACACCAAGCGCCUGCAGCUUAACCUGGACCUGAGCCCCGGGGGGGCCGCAGCAGGGCCCGCCCCGACGGAGGGCGGCUCGGGGCCGGCGGGACCACCCCCUCCAGUCUCCACCCCCGGUCCCCCGUCCCCCCCGCCCCGGCCUCCUCCCCGUCUCUCCUCCUCUCGCCCGGCUCAGUCGGUCGCAGCCAUGGCGGAGGGAGGAGAGGGAGAGGAGCUGCUCCGGCCGCCUCUGCCCGCCGGUGCCCCGGGCCCUAAGCGCUUGUGCUCCCGGGCGUGCCCGGCGGGGGGCACCGGGGCCGCUCACCCCCGGCCGGGGGCUGCGGGGACCGGCGCGGGGCCGGGGGCGGCGGGGGCCAGCGGGGUCCCGGCGGCGCUGGCCGGUUGCUGCCCGGCGGCGGGGGCUGCGGCGGGGGCACCGGGACCGGGGACGGCUUCGGGGGGGUCGGGGCCGUCGGGGGGAGUCGGCGGGGCGGGCAGCCUCCUGCAGCCGGAGUCGCUGCUGGACGCGGCGGCCAAGCGGGUGGCGGGGAGCUGGGCCUUCGAGCGGGUGGAGGGCCGCUUCCAGCGCAUCCCGGAGCCCGUCCAGCGCCGCAUCGUCUACUGGAGCUUCCCCCGCAGCGAGCGCCAGAUCUGCAUGUACUCCAGCUUCCAGCCCGGCCGCGCCGCCGCCGCCACCGCCGCCGCCGCCGCCGGCAGCGCCGCCUCCCCCCCCGCCACCGCCGCCGCCGCCGCCGCCGGUAGCGCUGCCAGCGCCGGGGGGGGGGGACCCGCCGCCGCCGCCGCCCCCGCCGCCGGCGUUACGGCCGGCGAGGAGAGCCCCGCCGCCGGACCCCCGGCGCCCCCCCCCGCCGCCCCCGCCGCCCCGCACGGCGAGGGGCUGCCGUUCCGCCGGGGCAUCCGCCUGCUGGAGACCGGCGCGGUGGAUAACGUGCUGCAAGUCGGGUUCCACCUCAGUGGGACGGUGACAGAGCCAGCAACCGCGACAGAACCAGAGAUGACCUACAAGGUGGCCAUCAGCUUCGACCGCUGCAAAAUCACCUCAGUGACGUGUGGCUGUGGGAACAAGGACAUUUUUUACUGCGCCCAUGUUGUGGCGCUUUCACUGUACAGGAUCCGCAAACCGGACCAGGUCAAACUCCGUCUUCCCAUUUCAGAGACCCUUUUCCAGAUGAACAGGGACCAGCUCCAGAAGUUUGUUCAGUAUUUGAUCACAGCACACCACACUGAGGUGUUGCCCACUGCCCAGAAGCUGGCUGAUGAGAUCCUGUCCUCCAACUCGGAAAUCAACCAAGUGCAUGGUGCUCCUGACCCCACUGCUGGAGCCAGCAUCGAUGACGAGAACUGCUGGCACCUGGACGAAGAGCAGGUCCGAGAGCAGGUGAAGCUGUUCCUAUCUCAGGGAGGGUACUACGGCUCGGGGAAGCAGCUCAACUCCAUGUUUGCCAAGGUCCGGGAGAUGCUGCGCAUGAGGGACUCCAACGGGGCCAGGAUGCUGACGCUGAUAACGGAGCAGUUCAUGGCUGACCCUCGGCUCUCCCUCUGGAGGCAGCAGGGAACAGGCAUAACGGAGAAGUGCCGGCAGCUCUGGGACGAGCUGGGGGCGCUGUGGGUGUGCGUUGUGCUGAACCCACACUGCAAGCUGGAGGAGAAAUCCUGCUGGCUCCGGCAGCUGCGGAAGUGGGGCGAGAUGGAUGUGUGUCCCCUGGAGGAUGGCAAUUACGGCAAUGAGCUUCCCAACAUCACCAACGCGCUCACACAGAGCUCCAGCCACAACCAAGACUCGCUGGCCAGGCCCCGCCGAACCGUGUUCACCCGGGCCAUCGAGGGCUGUGACCUGCACUGGCAGGACAGCCACUUGCAGCGCAUCAUUAGCAGCGACUUCUACGUGUCCCCGUCCUACCAGCGGGAGGGCGAGAGCCUGCUCUUCAACUCCCAGGGGCAGCCCCUGUGGCUCGAGCACGUCCCGACAGCCUGCGCUCGGGUGGACGCCCUGCGCUCCCACGGCUACCCCCGGGAAGCUCUCCGGCUAACUGUUGCCAUCAUCAACACCCUGCGACUGCAGCAGCAAAGGCAGCUGGAAAUAUAUAAGCAUCAGAAGAAAGAGCUGCUGCAGCGAGGAGCAACAACCAUCACCAACCUGGAGGGCUGGGUCGGCCACCCUCUGAACCCCAUCGGCUGCCUCUUUCUCACCCUGACCGAAGCUUGUAGAUUAGAAGAGGAAAAUUGCCUUGAAAUCUCAGACACCGGGGACUCCAAACCCCCAGUCUACCAACACGUGCCCGUCGUGACCGGCAGCCAAGACAGCGGCGAGUCCUACCUGUCCCUGGCCUUAGAGGUGGCCCUGAUGGGCAUGGGCCAGCAGAGAGUGAUGCCCGAAGGCCUCUACGCCCAGGACAAGGUGUGCCGCAACGAGGAGCAGAUCAUCGCCCGGCUGCAGGACCUGGAGCUGGACCCGGUGCUGGUGCAGACCCUUCGGAAGCAAUGCAUCCUGCUGCUGGAAGGUGGUCCCUUCAGUGGUCUGGGAGAAGUGAUCCACCGCGAGAGCGUCCCCAUGCACACCUUUGCCAAAUACCUGUUCUCUGCCCUGCUGCCCCACGACGCGGACCUGGCGUACAAGCUGGCUUUGCGGGCCAUGAGGUUGCCCGUGCUGGAGACCACGGCACCGUCCGGCGACGUGAGCCACCCACACCACCUGGUGUCGGUGGUCCCCAGCAGGUACCCGCGCUGGUUCACCCUGGGGCACCUGGAGUCACAGCAGUGCGAGCUGGCCUCCACCAUGCUCACGGCGGCCAAAGGGGAUAUGCUGCGCCUGCGCACGGUGCUGGAGGCCAUUCAGAAGAACAUCCACUCCUCCUCCUUGAUCUUCAAGCUGGCCCAGGACGCGUUCAAGAUUGCCACACCAGCCGACAGCAACUCAGACACGACACUCCUCAACGUGGCGCUGGAGCUGGGGCUCCAGGUGAUGCGCAUGACCCUGUCCACCCUCAACUGGCGGCGGCGGGAGAUGGUGAGGUGGCUGGUGACGUGCGCUACAGAAGUGGGGGUGAGGGCCCUGGUGAGCAUCCUGCAGAGCUGGUACUCGCUGUUCACCCCCACGGAAGCCACCAGCAUCGUGGCGGCCACGGUGAUGUCCCACAACACCAUCCUGCGCCUGAGCCUGGACUACCCGCAGCGGGAGGAGCUGGCCAGCUGCGCCCGCACUCUGGCCCUGCAGUGCGCCAUGAAGGACCCGCAGAACUGCGCCCUGUCCGCCCUCACCCUCUGCGAGAAGGACCACAUCGCCUUCGAGACCGCCUACCAGAUCGUCAUCGACGCCGCCUCCACCGGCAUGACCUACACCCAGCUCUUCACCAUCGCCCGCUACAUGGAGCACCGGGGCUACCCGCUGCGGGCCUUCAAGCUGGCCUCGCUGGCCAUGACGCAUCUCAACCUGGCCUACAACCAGGACACUCACCCGGCCAUCAACGACGUGCUCUGGGCCUGCGCCUUGAGCCACUCUCUGGGCAAAAACGAGCUGGCAGCCAUCAUCCCGCUGGUGGUGAAGAGCGUGCACUGUGCCACGGUGCUGUCGGACAUCCUCCGCCGCUGUACCAUGACGGCCCCAGGCCUGGCCGGCAUCCCCGGCCGCAGGAACUCGGGGAAGCUGAUGUCCACCGACAAAGCACCCCUGCGGCAGCUGCUGGAUGCCACGAUAAGCGCGUACAUCAACACCACCCACUCCCGGCUCACCCACAUCAGCCCGCGGCACUACGGGGAGUUCAUCGAGUUCCUCAGCAAGGCCAGGGAGACCUUCCUCCUGGCGCAGGACGGGCACAUACAGUUUGCCCAGUUCAUUGACAAUCUCAAACAAAUCUAUAAAGGCAAGAAAAAACUGAUGCUGCUGGUGCGGGAACGGUUUGGGUGAGCCCCGGCUGCCGCCACUCUCACGGCAGGGUCCUGCCGUGGCACGGGGACUCAGGAGAGAAGAAGGAAGGAGAGCGGAGAAGACCUUCCCCCCAUUGGCAGAGGCUGCUCUGUUCUGUUCUUCUGUUUCUUUUUUAUUUUCUUUCUUCUUUUUUUUGUUAAUUUUAUUUUCUUUCUCGGAUUUAACCAUUUCACACGCUGAGAGGAUCCAGAUUCCUUGGGCACAAACCAAAAGGCAACCACGGGAAAAAGGAUGGUUUGCUCAGCCCCUGCCCUCCCUUGCCAAUACCAAAAGCUAACCUGGAAAUCUAAUACCUCUUUCCUGAAGGAAGUGGUCGCUGGAGGGAUCCGAAGGUUGCAAAGUGCAAAAAUCUUUAAAAAUUAUGUUGGGGGAAAAAACAAAGAGCAAGCAAAGAAACCCGCAACACUAGAACCUCAUGCGUCACCAAAAGCGAUGGCUUUGCAGAGCGCUUCUCCCGCCCGCCCGAGACAUGCAAACUCCUCUAUUUGUGAAGAUACUUCAAUAAAACAAGUUAAAGUAACUGUUCUCAGGGAUUGCUUACUAAAAGUAACACAAAAAAAAAAGCAUUUAUGAUACUGUAAAUACUAUAGUAUAUGUGUCAAUUAUUAAAUUGUAAAGUUAUAAUUAUUUAUAAUUCUGUCUUUUAUUUGGGGGAUACUUGAAAUUGUCGUGGGCUGGGGCGAUUAUUUUUAUUAUUGCUAUUAUUAUUAUUAUUAUUAUAACUAUUAUUUAAAGACAAAAAAAAACCAACACAACCACAGACAAAAAGAGGAGGAGGCACAUGAACAUUCUCAGGUUUCCACGGCAUUGUCGGCAGCAAGAAAAGGGUAUGGGGGGAGGCAAACAUCUGCUCAACUCGGAGCCCUGGGACGGACAGACGGACGGAUGGACGGAGGGAGGAGCAGCAGCCCAGCACUUGAGGACAGCAAAGGAAGGGACUCAGCAGCACUUUCUGGGACGCACACGGACGCUGGCAGAGGACGGCGCAGGAGCGGCGUGGGCCCCUUGGACGUCGCCCGGUUUUUCGCCUUCUCCCUGCGGGCGCCCGUGUGAGUGUGCGAGGUGCGUGGGUGCGUGUGCGCCAAGGGGUGCCUUUCUGCUGGGAGGGAGCGGGGCCGGGGCAGCCACACGCUGCCGUGGGGUGUCUGGGCUUCCCUCUGCCAUCCCACCCCGCGGGGAAGGCAGGGAUGCUCAGCCCUGUCCCAGCUGCGCCAACCCGCAGCAGUCUUUGGCCCCUGGCCAGCGGCUCUUAGGUUUUGCUUCAUUUUUUUCCGACGGGUCGGGAGGGCUGGGGGGGCCGGGGCCAGUCUGGACGGUGACUUGUAGUUAGAGAAUGUGGGCUAGUUAUCUGCUGUCUGGUUUGACUUUUAUUUUUGGAAAGUGACUUUUGUCCGCGCUCCGGCCAGGAAACCAAUUGUACUCGGUAUCUGUCGCCACCGAAAUAGCAUUCUUCAACCAGUCUGUUUCUCUUUUUUUCUUUUUUCUUUUUUUUUUUUUUUGUGUGCGUGCGUGUAUGUGUGUGUGCGACCUCUUCAUCUGAUGUUUAAUAAUAAAAGGGAUGAACGUUA